AUGGCCAUACCACCACCAAUGUCGAUAACGGAGGUCCUCAGCUCGAUCCGCCAGCAUCCCCACAACACGGAGCACUUCCAGGCGUUGGGAAACCACCUCCGUGAGGAGCACAUCCGUACCAGCUGCGAGGUCACCGACAGCUUGCCGCUUAUUGUGGAGACCUCCAGUGCCAACCUCGCCAGCUACCUUCUCCACAAGCACCAGCACCAGGUGCCGUUGAUCCUCGAGGUCACCCGAUGCAUCGUCAACUUGUUGGCCGACAGCGACGACAACAGGCUCUUUUUUCAGGGUGCUAACCACCAUGUUCCCCAGUUCUGGAUCCAGAUCAAACACUGUUUGAACGACCCUGGCGCCGACCCGUCCAUCAACAAGCGCAUCGUCAUCAUACUCGGCCAGUUCAUCCACAGCGACACCUACAAGCAGAAGUACUUGCUGUGGCUCUUGGAACACCACCUCUUGGAGCCCCUCUACCUGUACCUCAAUCACAACCUUCCACCCACGAAGAUCUCCGAGGUAUUCAACUUCCAGCACGCGUUCGAGUUCUUGAAAGAGUUGGUGGAUGUCAAUGCCACCACCAUUCCAAGCAAGCCCGACGAAUACGGACCAAUAGCGGUCAAAUUGGUGGAUUAUUUGCUUAGCAUCGCCUCCACCAUACUCGAUUCAUUGCAAAAGUUCAACUUGAUAGAAGACAACGAGGAGACCGAGGACGACGAGGAGCUGGACCUAUUCGACCUAGACGAGAUCAUUCUCAACAUAGCUGGCACCGUGUCUUUCCUCACUACUUUCGAGGAUUUGGACUUCUCCUCAAUAGACGCAAAUCAACGCAGUUUGAAGCUUAUUGGCAAGAUCCCUGACAACUUUCCUAACAAGACUCACAUAAAGAGAAAGCUUUUUGCUGUCAGCGGGUGUAUCUCGUCAAUGAAGAGUUUUGACAGCACGAAAGACAUCAAGGCUUCGAUAGAAUACUUCACCCAAGUAACGGUGGACCCCUAUGUGUUGGCUGCAAGCGCUAUCAACUUGGGUAACUAUAUUACCAACAAGGACAGGUUGAAGGAAGUGGUGGAUAUGAUAGAGGACGAGCUUUCCCUUGAGGCUUUUUACAGGGCAUUUUUCGACAUGCAUGUAAACGAUGUGAUUCAGAUCCAAUCUUUGCAUUUACUCAACAACCUUUUGACGUCAUCCAAUGCGCCAUAUGUGCUAGCAAACUACGAGUGUUUGUUCAGCAGGUUCGUGAAGAUCAUCGUCGAUAAUGGGAAGUACUACCAGGAUGUUUACCAAAUCUUCCAGAAGUUCGUCAACAAAUUGAUCAGGUUAGCGUUCAUAACCAACCAAGAUAACAUUCUAGACUUCAAGGAUUUGUGGAACUACAUCAUAGAUGGCUCUGAUGAGAGUGCAGACACCCAGUACCUCUUGCUCCAGGCCUACGUCAGUGUUUUCAAGGACUCGCCCAUCACCACCGCAAACACCCCCGACAACACCCAGUUCAUCAAGAAGCUCAUUACCACCGCGGUAUCUGUACCCCCGAAAGCGAGCCAGCUCGAUGGGUUCUUGGAGAAGUUGAAGACGCUAGGCAUGAUGUACCACAACUUGACCUCGCACAAGGUGGGGCCCCAAGACUUGAUUGAGUACUUGUACCUGGACAAACAGACCCUCAAGGCCCAGCUCGUGGAUCCCUACAAGGAGUUCCUUGUGCAGUUGAGGGAACAAUUGGCACAACCGCAGACUCUGCAGCACGAGAUAUUGAAGAACAAUUCCAAGUUUGUUUGUGCCACCAGUAUUACAUUCUGGAGCGAUUACAACGACGCUGACGAAUUAGUGCAGAUCUGCACCAACAUUGCCAGUAAAUAG